UUUCAGCGCUAUGUGAUGGGACAAACAUGGAAAGUUUAUCCUUCCUAUUUGCUACAUGUCAGUGGCUUUCCUUGAGUAAACUACUCUCCUAUUGGCUGGUUGAGCAGCUACCCUGGCACUCCACACGUGGCAGUUCUGCCCCCUGUGGGAGUCUUAGACUAGACAGGCUGUACAGAGGACGGACGUAGAAUUGGCGUCUGUGAGAGUUGCUGAUUAGGGCUCUCCCGGGAGACAGAGAACUAGAUAGAAGGAAGCCUUAGUCCUGGUACCACCUGGUGCCCAAGGUUGCUCAGAGCACGAACUAUGCACCGGCUAAUUUCCAGACUUCGUGCCUUCUUUCAAAGGAAAGCAGACCCGAAGGAGGCCAAAGAAGAGCGGCAGAAGCUCUUGGAAGAUGCUACCUCACUACAAAACAAACAGGGAGUUGUGGCAGGGUCCUGUAGUAACUAUGACUGCAUGACUAAGCACACCCGCUCCAGUGCUGACGUUGAGACUGGCGACAAUCCUCUGAAAGCUGAGCCAAACCUUCCUGCAGCUGUGGAAGAACAAAGCCCUCGUGGAUUGAACGCAGUCACAGUAAGACUUGUAUAUCCUGGAUGCUCUCUCUGUUUCUGAGUUCCUUCACUGUGGCUUCCAGUUUUCAGCCCCUCUUAAGUGGACAUGAUGCAGUGGAUGUGGAUAAUGACCAUGAUGAAGAACCCUCAGAAUCUCACAUGAGAAUUUUGCUUGCCUCUAUCACCUCUCUAGUGGGUGAUGCUGACUACAAUGGUCACGGAUUUUCCUUCUCUCUAGACAUUGCUUGUAAAGAUUUCAAACCUUAUAAUGGUGACCUGGUAGAAAUUGAAUUUUCUGAUGAGCAAGACACCCAGAGCAGAAGGGCCAUCUUGGUGAAGCCUCUGAAACAUUGCCAUUUAAAUGAGGUCCGUGUUACCAGAACAGAUGGAAGCACUGGGGUGUUGGAAGACACCAUCUUUUUCACCUUGGAUUCUCUUAAACUUCCUUCUGGAUAUGUGCCGCAACCAGAUGAUGUUGUCAAUGUGGUUGCAGUGCAGAGCAUGCAAUCCAACUAUUUCUGGAGAGCAGUUGCAAUGACCCCAGUACAAGUAUUGUAGGAACCAAACCCCUGUGUGCCUUCUUCAGUGUUAUUUGUAUGGGUAAUGAAGGGCCUGGUUUAAUGCAAUAGUUUGUAGAAUAGGAAUAGCAACAGUUAGCCAAAACACAUGUAAAAUACAUUUUUUUUCUUGAAAAUGCCCUGGUAAUUUUGUUGGAAGUAUGAACUAACUUUAGAAAGGUGCCUGAUCUACUGGAAAACAUCCCCAAACAUUUUUGUUUGUUUGUUUGUUUGUUUGUUUUUUGUCUACAGCAAAGAAACAACACUGCAUAUUAGGUUAAAUUCUGUUUUUUUCCAAGGUCAGGAAUCCUGCUAGUGGCUUUGUUUAUUGAUUGAGAGACAUGCAGAGGGAGGCCAGCAAGUGAAUGUGUGUAAUUUAAAGUCACAGAUGCCUUCAAUUUUGAGUUCCCUUCUGCUGUGUACAGGGUUUACUUUUCCCAUGAAAUUUUUCAUUUUCCAUUAUCUACUUAGUUUGCUAAAUUUAAUAUUUUUUUCUAGUAGAACCCAUCCUCCCAUGUUAGAAUGCCAAAGCCAUACACACAGGGUGGUUGUUUAUACCUUCAAUAAAGCUGUUGUCUGAGCAUCAAUACUGUUUACCUGUAGUUAAUUUGCCGGUCAGUCUCUAGGAGUAAAAUUGUUCUGUAUAUUAUUAGUUGUUUACUAGCUCGUGUUUUUUUUUUUUAAAUAAAAGCAUUGCUGUACGGGUGUA